AUGUUGUAUUAUAAUUUUUCUAUUACUAUAUUAGUUAUAGAUGGUACACAUAUCUCAAUAACUUAUCCAACUAAUAGUAGAGGAAAAUUUAUGAACACAAAAGGACGUGUAACUAUAAAUUUUUUAAUAGUGGCUGAUGUAAAUUUUAAAAUAAGAUAUCUUUUUGGUGGUAAAUUUAGAUCAUCAAAUGAUUCAAAUGUGUUAAAGUUGUCAAAAUUUAAAGAAUGA